GCAAUAUAGUCAUUACUGCUGGCUUUUUAUACAUUUUAUUUUACCUUUUAAUUAUACAGCUUUUAGAUAAAACUAGAUGCUAGUUUGGCAUAUUGCCAGUUUCCCUCCUACUGGUUGGUAUAACUUGAUAUGAUGUCAUAAUGACAUUGCCAGAGUAAACAGCUUCACUCCUACUGGUUGUUAUAUGUUGAUUGUGAUGUCAUAAUAACAUUGCCAUGGUAACCAGUUUAUAUCUUACUUGUUGGCAUCAUUUCCCUUCAUAUUGUCUUGAGAUAGCGAUAGGUACAGACCAGGACUUUUUUCUGACCUGUAUCUUAAUCUGCAAUCAAGAGAUUUUUUUUCCCCCUAUUUUCCCAAUUUACUCAAUUUUAAGGUGAGUGCUGUUGCAUUAGCGAUUUGACCAAUCUUUAAUUAAUGUUAAUUUAUUGGAAUUUUAACUCAAUCUGUAAGACGGUUUUGGGUUAUCAUCUGGGUAUAUGAAAAUGAUGACGUUGGAUAGCUGGUUGUAUUUAUAUGUGAAUUUGUAUGGGUGAUUGUGAGUCUGGAAUUGUUUGUAAAUAUAUGUGAGUGCAAAUGUAUUUUGAUAAUGAAAUAAUAAUACCAUGUUAGAUAAUGAACAAAUGCCUAAAGCCCUACAAUGUCUGCAUUUGUUGAACUCAUGAUACUUAUUAAUAUCUACAUUCCAACACAUAUGAGUGGUCCCAUUGCAUAUUAGAGAAUCAAACUCAAUCAGAAAUAGAGAAGCUAUUAGUAUUUGUAUUUUCUAGCGCUAAAAAUCAUGGAUUACACUAAUUGCUCCAAACUAGUGAUGGGCGAAUAAAUUCACCUGGCGCGAAUUCGCAACGAAUAUCCACGUUUCGCCGGUGAAAAUUUGCAUGCAUGAGUUUGAUUGUGCUUUCAAAAACCUCUAAUACCGCUAAAAUUUUAUAAAUAGGCCUCUGCAUAGUUCAAUAAGAUUAGGCUAAUUGUAAAUAUAGUGCUAAGCAGUAAUACAAUAGAAGAGGAGAGAACUGUAUAUGGCUGAUCCCUAUAAUCAUGUUGUUUUUUAUCCCACAGACUAUAACAUCAUCUGAACAUCAUCAAAUACAGAGACAAGAAUGUAUAGGAAACCUGAAAUGCAUCAAUCAAAAUCAUCAAUUUCUGUGAAAAAAGCAAAGGAGCCUAAGCGUGAUGCUUUUAUUUAUGAGGCAUUUGUGAAGAAAUCCGCCCAUGACCCCUCAAAGGACCUGGGACUUGCAAGAAGCACCAGAGAUAUAGUGGAGGCAGCCAUAAAGGAUAAAAAGAUUUUCAGUAUUUCCGGCUGUUAUCCUGUCCUGCGGAAUUGCUUGCUGAGAAGAGGAUGGGUAGAAAAGACGACUUUAAGAACUGCUGCAGAUGCCAAUAAGUUGGUUGAUCCAGAUGUAAACGCAAGAUUCAAGGAGACUCUUCUCUUAACUGUGGAUCCCAACUUCCUCUGGAACCCAAGGGCUGACGCAAUAAACCACGACUCACUCAGACAGGAUCAAAUGAUAAACCACUUUAAAAACGCUAAAUGCUUCACAACCAAGGCUGGGUUGUGUACCCUUAUGGACAGCAUGCGUUGGUUUUCAGAUGUUGAUCCUUACUCGUUUGUCCCACGUUGCUACAGACUGAGGCAGAAUGAUGAACGCCAGGAAUUUAUAAAUGACUUCAUUCAGACAGCUGCCCGUGGCAUUUUGAAGUGGGUUUCGGAUUCUGACAUUCCAGAAUAUCCAUUCGAUAAACCCAGACCCGGACAGAAACGUUGGAUAGCAAGACAUAGCUAUUUUGAGUGGUUAGCUGAAAGGACCACUCACAAACAACGUGUCAAAUCAGACAUUAUCUUGAAAUCGAUUGAAAUCUGCCAGACGUAUCUGGAUAAGUUGCAACACAAGAAAAUAGACCAAGAAGAGACUAAACCCAAGCCAACUGAGUUCUGGAAAGACUUCUUGAAGGACUAUUCCCAUGUUAUCCAUGACGGCGCAACCAUAGAGAAUGCUGCACACUAUGCUACUAGGUGCCAUUCUCUCUUACACACUCUGGAGACAGUGUGUCCUCAGAUUGAUAUUGAAGGUGAAAGGAAUAUCUGGAUUAUAAAACCAGGAGCUAAAUCCCAAGGAAGAGGUAUAAUAUGCAAGAACAAUCUGGAAGACAUCAUGUCACUCCUGGACAAAGAUCCUGUGAUUCCCAACGAGGAUUACUGUGUGAUACAGAAAUACAUAGAGAGGCCACUGUUAAUUCACGGCACUAAAUUUGAUGUGCGUCAGUGGUUCCUGGUCACGGACUGGAACCCUCUGACCAUUUGGUUCUACAAGAGAUGUUAUCUUCGCUUCUCGUCACAGCCUUUCUCAGUGAAGAAUCUAAGCAGAUCCAUACACCUGUGUAACAAUGCCGUACAGAAGCACUGUAAGAACUCCCCGAAGCGUCAUCCUGACCUUCCUGAAGAGAACAUGUGGCAUGAUUAUCAGUUCAAAGAGUAUCUGCAGAUGACAGGAGCAUCUGAUGCAUGGGAUGAUAUAAUCUUGCCAGGGAUGAAGGAAAUCAUCAUCCAUACCAUGAAGAGUGCCCAGAAUAAAGUUGAGCACAGGAAAAAUUCAUUUCAUUUAUAUGGUGCAGAUUUUAUGUUUGGCGAGAAUUUCCAGCCAUGGCUGAUAGAAAUCAAUUCCAGCCCUGCACUGUCAAACUCCACAUCUGUCAGUAGCAAGUUGAGCACCCAGGUUCAAGAAGACAUCCUACGUGUUGUCCUUGACCGGAAAGAAGAUAGCAAAUGUGAUGUGGGUGACUUUGAACUCCUAUUUAAACAGCCUAAAAUUGAAAUUCCUACUAUUUCACAAGAAAAACUGCUAGUGAAAGGAGUUGCCAUUCAAAAACCUUGCCUGCUAGAGAAACAAAAUACUCCUAGGGUCAUGAACUGCCAGACUUUUAGCAAGCCAAAUGACUUAGUCUAUAAAGAGAAGAACAUAAAGGUGGAUCUUGCUAGUAAUUUAAAGAAGAUGGAUAUACUUCCCAGGAAGAUAGUGCUAGAUGAUAUUAAAGGAGGAACCAAGCCUGUAACAGUAAAGGAACGUGUGUUGCCAAAGCUUCCUAUCCUGGAAUAUAAGCAACCAAAGCCAGAGAGAAAACUAAGAGAUCAUAGCAAAGAAAGAGUAGAUCUCUAUCCUAUAACCCAACCUCAACAUCUCAAAGUAAAGGAUACCAUGAGAAAACUGGAUUAUGAAAAAGAAAAGCCUAAACCUUGUGUAUAUCCUAUAACCCAACCUCAUCAUCUCAAAGUAAAGGAUACAGUGAGAAAACUGGAUUAUGAAAAAGAAAAGACUAAACCUUGUAGAUUCUGUAGGCAACAGAUAUGUACUUGCCACAAACCCACCGCAAAGAAAGCUUUUAUUACUGCUGAAUUUCCUUCAGAUCUUUGGAAGAGAAGAAAAUGAGAUAAUUCUGUACCUGAAAGUGUACAACAACCUCCAGGCUAAGCAAACGGUAUUAAGAAUGGCACACAGUAUAAAGUAUUUCCUGCAUAUUCCAUCUCAGAAUGAGUACUAGGAUUAAAGAAAUGAAGGCCAGCCGAAAACCAGUCGACUGGACAAGACAAUAUUUAUUUUUAUUACUAUUUAUUUAAUAAAAUAUAUAAAAUAUACUUGAGGAUUUUAGUUUUUAUUCAUGAAAUAUUUGUUUACAC